AUGGAUAACUUCAUCGCCGUGCUCAAGGACGGCGUCGUGCUGUGCAAGCUUGCCAAUGCUCUUGAACCGAGUGCAAUUCGGAAGAUCAACCAGACAACGAUGGCAUUCAAGCAGAUGGAAAACAUCAAUAACUUUCUCACGUUUGCCGAAGCGAAGGUCGGUGUGCCCAAGAACGAGCUGUUUAUGACCGUUGACCUGUACGAAGCACAGGACCCGAACUCCGUGGUCAUUUGUCUGUCGUCUGUUGCUCGAAAGGCUGAUAAAUUCAAUAAGCCGACACUGGGGCCAAAAGAAGCUCAAGGGGAAAAGAAAGAAUGGACUGAAGAGCAGCUAAAAGCAGGACAGAACGUGAUCGGCCUGCAGUAUGGAAGCAACAAAGGCGCGACGCAAAGCGGAAUGAAUAUCGGCAACCCGCGCCAUAUUAUUUUGAAUCACUGA